UCACACUUCCCCAAGGUAUUUAUAUAUAGCUAGCCAUUAGUGGUGUAGCCUUGCCAUCUUACAAAUUUUACCACGUUGAUUUGAGUUGCAUAUGCCAAGAAGAGUUACUUUGGUCCUUGACAUGGCAAACUCAAACAACUUACUGGUCAUGAGGCUUAUAAUCAUUCUUGUGGCCCUUGUGCACUCCCUAAGUGCCAAAACGCUCAACGUGGUGAGCGAUUACGGAGCCAAAGCAGACGGAGUGAGCGACAACAGCGCCGCAUUUCUGAAGGCAUGGAAAGAUGCCUGCAGCACAGCAGGGGAAACAACAAUAUACGUGCCCUCUGGCCAGUACCUGGUGCAUCCCACUCUCUUCUCAGGCCCCUGUGUCAGUACCAAGAUCACGGUUCAGGUUGAUGGGAAAUUGAUUCCCAGGACCGACUCUGAGGGGUAUGGCUCUUCACGCUACUGGCUUCAGUUUGAAAAAGUGAAAGGGAUGACAUUCAAUGGAGGAAACCUCGAUGGCAAGGGCUCAGCAUUGUGGUCAUGUAAGGCCGGUAAAGGGAAGUGCCCCGAUGGAACAAGGACAAUGGUUUUCCACAAAGUGAGUGACGUGCUGGUAACAGGCAUCACCUCCAUCAAUAGCCAGCUCUUUCACAUCGUCAUUGAUGGCUGCCAAAAUGUGCGGGUGGAUAGAAUUGAGAUUGUGGCGCCUGAUGAAAGCCCCAACACGGAUGGAAUACAUGUUGAAGAAUCAACGGGAGUUACAAUCACCAAUUCCAACAUUGGCACCGGAGAUGACUGCAUUUCAAUUGGCAAGGGAACUCAAAACCUCUGGAUUGAGGGCAUCAAGUGUGGACCUGGACAUGGCAUAAGCAUUGGAAGUUUGGGUAAAGAAGCCACAGAACCGGGAGUGCAAAACGUCACGGUGAAAAAUGUCGUCUUGACUGGAACACAGAAUGGGUUGCGGAUAAAAUCAUGGGCAAGGAAAAGCACUGGGUUCGUCAAAUCAAUAAUGUUUGAUGGAGCGACCAUGAACAAUGUCAAGUAUCCUAUCAUAAUUGAUCAAGAUUAUUGCCCUGACCGCAAAAACUGCCCUGGUCAGACUUCCGGUGUGAAAAUAUCACAAGUUACAUAUAGCAAUGUGCGCGGAACGUCGGCAACUCAAGUGGCAGUGCUGUUCAAGUGCAGUCCGAGCAGUUGGUGCCAAGGGAUAAGGAUGGCUAAUGUGCAGCUCUCGUACAGAGGCCAGCCUUCUACGUCCUCAUGCCAGAAUGCAAUUGGGACUGCUGGCGGGUUAAUGGUACCACAAAGUUGUCUAAAGCUUUCUUCUACCUGAAACCUACAAUUAUUUCAGAGGUUUAGGUAGUCUCAACAAUUGCACUGUGAACCAGCAAUACACAACCGAUCUGGUGUUUUCAGUAGUCAAGUGUGUGUUCAAAAACAUCGAAGCGUUAUAUUUAUCUUUUCCCCCUUCUGUAGGCUAGCUUUGGUUAGGCAAAACCAUGAUAGAUUAUGCAUAACCUUUUAUCAUAUAAUAAACAUGAAUAUUCCAAUGUUAGCUAACAUCCCCUCGUUCUGUCAUGCUGAAAUGAAGAUUAAUCCUGCGGAUGCUUUCCCUGAAAGUUCCUUACAUGGAAUGAACUUAGAGAGACAGAGAUCCUCUAGCUGUUCAAUAUUAUUCCAUCUGAUUUAUUGUUCUGAUCUUGGUUUGUUGUAUCUUGAUUGUGGGCAAAAGUU